AUGGCGACUGCUGGUACAUCUGGAGAUGACCUGAGGAAGGAACUGACAUGUGCUAUUUGUUUGGACUUCUUCAAGGACCCCGUUAUUCUGAAAUGCGGCCAUAAUUUCUGCCGCUUUUGCAUCUGUAUGCACUGGGAUGAAAAUGGCGGAGACUAUGGGUAUCAGUGUCCUCAGUGCCGAACGGUGUUCAACAAGAGGACUUUCACUAAAAACUAUCUGGUGCAGAACUUGGUGGCCAAACUGGACGAUCUGGAGUGCCUGGGUGCUUGUCCUGCCCCCUCCAAGCCUGUGAAAUUUGGUGAAAAGUGUGAGCAUCAUGGUGAAGAGCUGAAACUCUACUGCCAGACCGAUAAGAGGCCUAUCUGUGUUGUCUGCAGGGAAUCUAGAUCACACAGACACCAUGAUGUGGCACCAGUGCCAGAAGUUGUGAAUGACAUGAAGAUGGAACUGAAACUGAGGCUAAUGGAGCUCAACUGGCAGAAGUCUCAAUGUGUAAAAGUUGUUACGGCUGAUGAGCUCACUAAAAGUGAACUGAGGUUGAAAAAGCAGAGACUCAAGGAAAAGAUUGAAGCAGACGUCGGUGCCUUGGUCCAGUUUUUGCUGGACGAGAGGGACUCGCUGCUUGAGAGCCUGGACGCUGAGGAAGUGGCCACCAUGGCUGUUAUAGAUGACAACUUGAAGACUGUGGAAACGGAAGCAGCAGCUGUGGACAAAGCUAUAGCAGCUAUCCACAGCCAGAUCAAUGGAAAAACUAACUUUGAGAGCCUUGCUGAGACGUUUAAUGAAGUUGUACAGUGCAAGCCUUUCACCUCUUUGGAGCCGGUUAACUGUCCGACUGAAUUUACAGACUUCUCAGGGCCCUUUCAGCUCAUCAUGUGGAAAAAGAUGAUGCACGUGCUGCACACCAUGCCCCAGAACCUCACCUUGGACCCAGACACCGCUCACCCGAACCUGCUUAUCUCGGACUUUGACACCAAAGUGGAGGAGGGCCGUGUCCGCAGCCAGGAGCCAGACCUGCCUGCCCGCUUCAAUCGGUUCUGUGGCGUCCUCUCCACAGCCCAGUAUGCUAGUGGCCAGCACUACUGGGAGGUGGAUGUGAGGGACAAAGGUGUGUGGUACCUGGGAGUGACCACAGAGUGCAGCAACAGGAAGGGCUUCGUCAGCCUCACACCCUCCGCAGGAUACUGGAGCCUGUGUCUGCAGGACCGGCUGUACGCGAAUGGGGAGGACGGACGCAUUCCAGUUGCCGACUACUGGAAUUCUCCUCGCGUGGGUGUGUACCUGGACUAUGACAACGGGCGUCUUAGCUUCUAUGAUGCUGUAACAAUGAAGAGGCUGUACAUAUUUGACACCUGCUUUGAGGAGCCAGUCUACCCUUUCUUCAGCCCAGGGAAAAAUGACCCAGGCAGCAGACUGCAAAUAUGCCACUAUUACUGAGAGUUUAACGCCUGUGUGUUCAUUUCUGCCUGUUGGCAAGGCUUUAUCUCAUAGAUCAGGCUGGAGUGAUAGGCUGAUGUUGACCCUUGAAGUCAUGUAUGCUUUUGAGUUGUCUUACUGGUUUUUAGAAAGUACAUUUUACAUUAAAUAAAAAGUACCAGGUGCACACAAAUUUGGUAGUUUUCAACUUGGACACACACUGUAGGCUCAUACCUCCUCCUUUGGCUGGGGGUUUGGAGAAGUGCUUUGCUAUUCAUCACUGUGUCUGCUGGGUUGCAGAUGCCUCGGAUGCUCUUGUUGUUCAGAGCAUAUUCAGAGCUGUUAUCCCGUUAGCAACAACUAUGCCAUACUUCUACUACUAUAAAAGCUCACUCUUAGAAGGGUCAGUGGUGAAGCAUUGUCUGGUAUAGUUUGAAUGUCUGUCGUUAUCACACUAAACAUUCCCUCAUCAAUAUGAGACUGAACACUCAAUUUUGUCCAUAUUGUAUUGAUUUUAGCUCACAAUUAGACUUCCAGGAAUGAAUGGAAGUGGCAACAUCCAUCAGUACAAAUCAUUUUUAUCACAACCCUUUUAAACACUUAAUUUUAUAUAAGAUAAAAAGUUAAAGUCG